CAGUCGAAUCUGAGGCGGUGCAGUGAGUCAGUGCACCAUGCGUCUGCUGAUCCUGCUUGCUGUGGCCGCGGUGGUGCGGGCGGGAGAGGCGCCCAGCCGCAAGGACAAGCGCGGCCUGAGCAGCCUGGACCUGGGACUCAGCGACCACGGCGACCUGGGGCUCUACGGCCACAGCAGCCUGGACCUCGGACCGAGCCUCGGCCACGGCCUCGAACUCUCCGGCCUGUCGUACGGCCACGGCGCCAUCAUUGGCGAGCCCAGGGUCAAGAGCAUUCUGAUCGAGAAGGAGGUUCCGGUUGGCAUUCCGGCGCCCUACCCCGUGCCCGUAAUCAAGAAGGUGCCCGUGCCCGUUAAGGUCCCGGUGCACGUGCCCGUCGACAGGCCCGUGCCCGUGCCCGUCAUCAAGCCCUACCCUGUGCACGUCGACAGGCCGGUGCCAUAUCCUGUGGAGAAGCCAGUGCCCUACCCUGUCAAAGUACCCGUUAAGGUGCCCUACCCCGUGCCCGCACCCUACCCCGUCAUAAAGCCAUACCCCGUCCACGUGCCCGUCGAGAAGCCCUAUCCCGUACACGUCAAGGUGCCCGUCUAUAUCAAAGAGCACGAAACCUACGGUCACGGCUACGGCCACGGCUACGAGCACGGCCACUACCUCUGAUAAGUCGCUGUACCUUGUUUUUAGUUCUAAGUCUCAGUCACACCCCCUCCCAUUGCCAUAAACAUUUGUUGUCUUGUCAUAUCGUCUUCAUGUGUCGUUAUUCACUAAAAUA